AUGUCUCUGCCGCGCACAACCAGCGCAUUCGCGCGCUCCUCAGCCUCCGCAUUCCGACGAUUCGCCGCUCCUUCGACUCCCCGCCCGUGCACACAAUGUUUGCGAACAUUUUCCUCUUCGUCGCCGUCCCGGCAAUCGUCGAAGCGACAGAUGCAGACGGCAACCGCCUAUCAACCCUCCUCGCUACAUGCUGAGCUACCACCGCGCAACAUCGGCGUUCCAGACACAUCGAUAGCAGGCGGAGUACCCGAGGCAAACAGCUCAUUACCGCCACGGCUGUCUUCAGAACAGCGCAGCCAAACCUCACAACAAGACCGACCGAGUGUGAGCAUACCAGAAGGCGAGGCACAGAUCAGCCAGUCAGCGCCCACAAGCAAACCUCUCCGACCGCGGCGAUACAACUUUGGGCCACGCAAGGCGACAAUAAAGCUCUCGCCCUCCGCUGUAGCGCACCUGAAGGAGCUGCUCGAGCAGCCGGAGCCAAAGCUGAUUCGGAUAGGGACGCGGGCAAAGGGGUGCUCUGGGCUGGCGUAUCAUCUGGAAUAUGUAGAUAAGCCGUCCAUGCUGGACGAGCAGGUGAACCAGGAUGGUGUCAAGGUUUUGAUUGAUAACAAGGCGCUAUUAAACAUCAUUGGGAGUGAGAUGGACUGGCUGGAGGAUAAGUUGAACCAGCGGUUCAUCUUCAAAAACCCAAAUAUCACUGAGCAGUGCGGUUGCGGAGAAUCCUUCAGCGUUUCAUGA